CUAUUCCAAGUGGGCAUGGCUUCAUAGCUGACUCAGCAAACAAUUAUUUAUCCUGUAGACAAAAUUGCAGUCUGGCUUUGAUCUCCUUUUCACCAUAGCCACUGACCGUGUAGAGCUGAUAAUUAGAACACCAGUUGCAUAUGCUGAGCAAGCAGAAGCCCAAUUGGAACUAAACUGCACAUGUGACCCUAUUAUAUAAACUGUCAGCUGCACUGGCUACUUAUUCAUGCUCCUAUGAACUUGUUUGAGCUGGUACAUAUCUAUCGUUGGUCGCAGUGAGAUGGCUACGGGUACUUCAGUGUCACCAGGGAGGUCAAGAGGAGGUGGUCCAGCCUCGUACCUUGCACUCAGAGAAUAUCACAAGAGAGCGUACGACUUUCUCUCUGUGGCGUUGGAGAUUGAUGAAUCGGGGAAAGGAGAGCCGACGGAUGCUAUUGACUACUACUCUAGGGGCGUGGCUGCUCUGGAGGAGGGGAUUGCAUGUGACGUGUAUGAAGUGGGUGAGGACCAGGAGAAGGCUGAGAAACUGAAGGAGAGGAUGAUCAGUAAUCUAGAGAUGGCUAGAGACAGAGUUAAUGUUCUCCGUGAGUUCAUUUUACAAGGUGGUGCCUUGAAGGGGGUUUCCCUGGAGGCUAAGAGACCACACCUCCAACCCACCGCCUCUCUUAGAGUGCACAAAAUCACACCACCCAGAGAACCAACCAACAAGAAGAAACCUGCAAAGAAUCCUGUGAUGGGAAAGCCUAGAGUGAGUCAUAUAAAGGGCAUCGACCAUCAACUGGCUGAUAAGAUAUUGGAUGAAAUUGUAGACCAGGGUGAGCUGACAGUGACCUGGGAUGACGUAGUUGGUCUUGAGCUACCAAAAAGAACCUUACAAGAAAUCGUCAUCCUACCAGCACUGCGACCAGAGUUGUUCACUGGCCUGAGGUCCCCUGCUAGAGGCAUGCUACUGUUUGGACCACCUGGGAAUGGGAAGACAAUGUUGGCCAAAGCUGUUGCUCACGAAUCUCAGGCUAAGUUCUUUAACAUCAGUGCCGCUUCUCUCACCUCAAAAUGGGUUGGAGAUGGUGAGAAGCUGGUGAAGACCAUGUUUGCUUUAGCCAGAGAGCUACAACCCUCCAUCAUAUUCCUAGAUGAAGUUGAUGCUCUACUGAGUAAGAGAGGUGGCUCUGAACACGAUGCAAUGAGGAGGAUCAAGAACGAGUUCCUCCAGAGCUUUGAUGGAAUGCACACACAGGAGGGAGAGAGGAUCCUGGUAAUGGCCGCCACCAACAGACCGCAAGAGCUGGACGACGCUGCUCUCAGACGAUUUGAGAAGAGGAUAUAUAUUCCACUGCCUGGGAAAGAGGCUAGAAAGAGUGUCCUGAGGAAGCUUAUAUCCAAACACCACAACUUGCUGUCUGAAGACCAGCUCAACAAGCUAGCAAGUAUGACGGAUGGUUACUCUGGGAGUGACCUCACUGCACUAGCUAAGGACGCUUCCCUUGGACCAAUCAGAGAACUGGACUUCAAUGCCCUCAAGAGUGUUCCAGCCAACCAGGUGAGGCCAAUUGGUCUCAAUGAUUUCCAGCUGUCCAUGCGAACCAUCCGACCGAGUGUGGCCAAGGACCUCAUCACUACUCUAGAGCAGUGGAACACUCUGUAUGGAGUAUCCUCUUAGUGAAUAGAGUCACAGCUUAAUCCCCACAUGAUUUAUUGUUUUAUUAUCUCCAAGUUUCAGUGUGUGUGUAUGUUAUCAUUUCACUUGUCCUUUUUGAGCUAAUAAUUAUUGUAAACGACCACAUCCUUGUUUUGAGGAAGUUAAAUUUCAAUAAAACCA